UGAGACUCCAGUUUUUAACAUGGGUUUGUGUGAUGAGAAAAAAGCCAAAUCCAAAAGGGUUGAAAGGAGAAGAAGAAAGCGUUUGAAUGACAGGCUUUCCAUGCUUAGGUCAAUUGUACCUAAGAUCAGCAAGAAGUCAAUUAAGCUUCUCAACAGGUAUUUGGUGUUUGAUUUUGAUAUAAAUGUAUUUGAGCUAACAAGAAAAUGUGACAUCAAUUCUUGGAGAUACAAUUGAUUACAUGAAAGAGCUUCUAGAAAGGAUUAGUAAGUUACAAGAAGAAAUGGAGGAAUAAGGAACAAAUCAGAUAAACAUUUUAGGAAUUUCUAAGGAGUUAAAGCCAAAUGAAGUAAUGUUUGAUGUUGAGAGAGAGCAGGACACAAGAAUCAGUAUCUGCUGUGCCACAAAGCCAGGAUUGUUACUGUCAACAGUGAACACAUUAGAAGCAUUAGGCCUUGAGAUUCACCAGUGUGUUAUAAGCAGUUUCAAUGAUUUUUCAUUGCAAGCAUCUUGCUCAGAGUUCAAAACAAAAAGCACUUCACCUUCCAAAAUUACAAUCAUCAAAAGGCAACAAACACAAUUCACACUAAACUGCUUUAAUGGAAGCAUGACAAGAACAUGCCAAAAGGAUCAUCAUCCAAUUCAAGCAUUUCAUCAAGAUCAAGAUCCAUCAUCAUCUACAUCAACAUGUCCAGAGCACUUUAGAUGGAUUCAUGAAGAUUUGGAACCAUGGAAGAGUACAGGAAUCACAAGGGAAACGGUGGAAAGUGGAAAAAAUAUUUCACAGCUUAGAAUUGUGAUUAAAAAAGGAAAAGCUUAUGUAGAAACAUAUGCAGAUUCAUUUCAAACAAGGGAUUUGUUCACUGUAUGGGGAAUAGUACAACUUUUAAGGUUGUACCCUGGGAGAGUACCAGAUUUGGAGCUAUUGUUUGAGACUGGUGAUAGAACUGUAUUGGAUAAAAAAAGAUUUCAAGGAUCACAAUCUGUGACACUACCACCUAUUUUUAGUUAUUGUGGACAAAAUGAUGCUCUUGAUAUUGUCUUUCCUGAUUGGUCCUUUUGGGGUUGGGCUGAGACUGGAAUAAAACCAUGGGAGAAAGUGUUGAAGGAUAUACAAGAAAGCAACAAGAAGAUCACAUGGAAGGAUAGGAUUCCCUAUGCUUUUUGGAAAGGAAACACACAUGUGUCCUCACAAAGGUAUAAGCUUAGGCAGUGUAAUGUCACAGACCAGCAUGAUUGGAAUGCUCGUAUAUAUUCAGUGCACUGGAAUAAGGAAAUUGAACAUGGGUUCAAUAGCACAAAACUAGAAGAUCAAUGUACACACAGGUACAAGAUUUACGUGGAAGGGAGAUCAUGGUCUGUGAGUGAAAAAUAUAUAAUAGCAUGUGACUCAAUGACAUUGUUCAUAAAGCCAAGAUAUUAUGAUUUCUUUACAAGAAGCCUAGUACCUUAUAAGCACUACUGGCCCAUCAACAAGCAAAACAUGUGUCAAGAUAUUAAGUAUGCUGUUGAUUGGGGCAAUACUCAUCCAGGGAAGGCAGAAGAGAUUGGCAGAGAAGGGACAAGAUUCAUAGAAGAGAACGUAAAUAUGAAAUUGGUGUAUGAUUAUAUGUUACAUCUAUUGACUGAAUAUGCAAAGCUCAUGAGAUUUGAAGCAACCAUACCUGCAGGAGCAGUUGAGGUUUGUUCUGAAAACUUGGCAUGUCCAAUGGGUGGUAUAUGGAGGGAGUUUAUGGUUGAGUCCAUGGUUAAGUCACCAAGUGAUACACUUCCAUGUACUAUGUUUUCUCCUUAUUUAUGAUUACAAACAAGGUAUGAAAGGGUAUAUUAAUUGUAGCCAUUGUUGUAAACAAUGAGCAGAAAAUUAUUUUGGCUGAAAGUAAGAUAUUCAUUUAUUCAAAUAUGUAUAUUACAUCGAAAACAAUACAAGGCUAAACGAGAAAAAGGAUGUAGUUGAAAACAAACUCACAACAG